AUUGACGGUCGAUACCCCCGCUGACCUGCCUGUUGUUUGUUUGGUAUCGACGCUCUUGUCGUCCUCUUUUCCCCUCUUUCUUGCUGUCUCGUUCCCCGACUCCGGCGAUCUUUGGAUACUUUCAGAAUGGCUAGUACGCAGGGUGUCAAUGUUCUCCGUUACUCAGCUCUUGUAGCUGGUCUCAUCUACGGUUUUUCCCACCAGUCGUCGCUCAGUUCGCAAGCCAAACACGCCGAGAUUGAGCGCGAAUACAAGCGCAAGGAGAGCCUGAUCCAGCAGGCCAAGGCCGAGUUCGCCAAGAAGCACGCGCCAGCAGACAAGAAGUCGGAAGGACCGGUCACGAAUCCUGACGACCCACGCUUCGAUCUGGAAGCCCUCUUGAAAUUUGUGGAGGCUACGAACUAAGGAGGGGAUCGCAAUGGGAGCGCAUCAAGGGAGUGGCUGGUAGUUUGGCAGACCUCGGAGACGUUGAAAGGGUCCGAAGAUCCCGCACCCUCCCCGGGUACCAGAGGAAAGAGAUAAUGGCUGAAAAAGGACCAGCUAUGUAUUAUUGUU